AAAAGAAAUAGUUUUCUUAACACUUUUAUACUAAAUAGUCUUCAUUUACUAAUAAAAUCAGAUUCAUAUAUCGAGUUCGUAGCUGAGAAAAAACUUCCGGCCGUGUUUCCAAAACCAUUGGAGUCGUUUGAUAGGAAACCAAUCGUAAAUGAUUUGGGGCUAACGCAGACUGAGAUUAAAUCACUACAAAAUGCUUGGAAUAUUAUAAAGAAGAAGCAGCGGCAAGCUGGCGUCACCAUAUAUAUAAAUCUCUUCUCCGGGAAUGAACAACUCUACGAAAUGUAUCGUACUCGUAAUGGCAAAUUGCAUACCGAAUUUGCGGCACAGCAUCAAAAAAUAGUGUUGGGUGUAUUUCAAAAGAUCGUUGAGCAGUUGGAAAAUACACGUUUUAUUAAGACACUUCUUAAAGAAGUAUCGGCUAAACAUCUAUCUGUACAUGUGACGCACUACCAUUGGCAGCUUUAUACAAACGAAGUCAAACGAUAUUUUGUGGAGACAUUGAGUGGUCACAGUUCGCCAACUUUUGUUCGUGCAUUGGAUACUCUUAUGGAUAGUGUCUGCAAAUUUAAUGUAACAGAAUAAUCGAUGAAAAAUAUAAUUAUAAAAUUUCGCAUAAUAUACGUAAUACGUUUUUGAACCACGAUUUCUAUAAUUCUUUUUUCAAGAAAAGGUGUUACCUCAUAGGU